CAUAGAGGAAAGCCGUGUCCCGUGAGCGUGGCGAGCGUGUCUUGCGGCCGGUGCGCGACUGGUUCUCUACCUGCGGACCGUGUCCCCCGCCUCGCUCACGCUCCUCUGUCGCCACAGGCUCCGCACGCACCCCUGCUGCCCCGGACGGGCCGGGGCACGGAGGCGGUAGCAACCUUCCCUCUGCAGUCGUAGGAGAUCUCUACGCCCCGUCCCGCGACUCUCCGGGAAACUGCCCUUCGCCACCUUCUCCCUGACCAGGAAGCCCUGAAUCCCUGAAUUCCGUUUUCAGAGCCCACUCUCCGGGCCCCUGACCUUUCUUUUCCACCCACCCCGAGACGACUGCGCCGGACCCCUCAUCCCCUUUUCUUUCACUUUCCUGCGGCGACCUGGUGGGGGGCAUCUCCCUCACUGGGGGGGAAAGAAGCAUGGGGCCAGCAGCGGUCCUGGCGCCACCGGAGGAGGAGGCUGAAAGACAAGCUGCUCUCCCAAAUUCUUCAGCUUCUCCUAUGUAAUCAACUGCCCUUUUGGAAAUUGGGCAGGGAUUGUUGCUGGAUGCCGGUGUCACUGACUGGACUUCAGCAUACCAUGCAGAAGUAACAUGUUCCCAGCUUUGCAAACAGAGCUAAAGCAGCAGACUCUUCCUGAUCCCUAUGAAGACUUUAUGUACCAUCACCUCCAGUACUAUGGCUACUUUAAAGGGCCUACCUGUCUAUCUUCAACUGUGCACAGACAGAUAGAAGCUGUGAGCAGAGAUUCCCUUAUGCUGACUUCACCACUUCUUAAGAGCAGACAGCUUCUUCAUGAUGACCUUGGUGAAGUAAACUCACGUCUUCGAGAACCCCGAGAUCUCUUUGCUUUUUUCUCCAGCAGUGGGCCGCUGCAGGCUCCAAGAUGGCCAAUAGAAUGUGAGGUCAUCAAGGAGAACAUUCAUCAUAUUGAGUGGGUUCCACCUCAACCAGAAUAUUUCUAUCAACCCACAGGAAAUGAAAAGGUACCAGAAAUUGUAGGAGAAGAAAAAGGCACAGUUGUCUAUCAAUUAGAUUCAGUGCCCACCGAAGAUUCCUAUUUCACCAGUUCCAGAGUGGGAGGCAAACGAGGGAUUAUCAAGGAACUGGCAGUCACGUUGCAAGGACCAGAAGAUAAUACUCUACUGUUUGAAUCAAGGUUUGAGAGUGGGAACCUGCAGAAAGCUGUUAGAGUAAACACCUAUGAGUAUGAACUCACCUUGCGAACUGACCUCUACACGAAUAAGCACGCUCAGUGGUUUUAUUUUCGAGUUCAGAACACCAGAAAAGAUGUCACCUAUCGCUUCACCAUCGUCAACCUCCUGAAACCCAAGAGCCUUUAUACUAUAGGGAUGAAGCCACUCAUGUAUUCCCAGUUGGAUGCCAGCACCCACAGCGUCGGCUGGAGGAGAGAAGGAAAUGAAAUCAGGUACUAUAGGAACAACACGGAUGAUGGGCAGCAGCCCUUUUACUGUCUCACGUGGACCAUUCAGUUUCCACAUGACCAGGACACUUGCUUCUUUGCACACUUCUACCCAUAUACGUACACUGACUUGCAGUGCUUCCUCCUGUCAGCGGCAAACAGCCCCGUCCAAUCUCAGUUCUGCAAACUCCGAACUUUAUGCAGGAGCCUUGCAGGAAACACCGUCUACCUGCUCACCAUCACCAACCCAGCCCGGACCCCUCAAGAGGCAGCUGCAAAGAAAGCUGUGGUCUUGACUGCCAGAGUGCACCCUGGGGAAAGUAAUGGCUCCUGGAUUAUGAAAGGCUUUUUGGACUUCAUCCUUAGCAACUCCCCAGAUGCCCAGCUCCUCAGAGAUAUCUUUGUCUUCAAAGUGGUCCCCAUGUUAAAUCCAGACGGAGUGAUCGUGGGGAAUUAUCGUUGUUCGUUGGCUGGAAGGGACUUGAACAGGCAUUAUAAAACUAUUCUGAAGGAGUCUUUCCCUUGCAUCUGGCACACCAGGAACAUGAUCAAGAGACUUCUUGAAGAAAGGGAGGUUCUCUUGUAUUGUGAUUUCCACGGCCACAGCCGUAAGAGUAAUAUCUUCCUGUACGGCUGUAAUAACAAGGAUCGCAAGUUCUGGCUUCACGAGCGAGUCUUUCCUUUAAUGUUAAGCAAAAACGCACCAGAUAAGUUCUCUUUUCACAGUUGUAAUUUUAAAGUCCAAAAGUGCAAAGAGGGAACAGGACGAGUUGUCAUGUGGCGGAUGGGAAUCCUAAACAGCUAUACCAUGGAGUCUACCUUUGGUGGGUCCACCCUGGGCAAUAAGAGAGACACUCACUUUACCCCUGAGGAUCUAAAAUCCCUGGGUUAUCAUGUCUGUGACACCCUUCUGGAUUUCUGUGAUCCUGACAGAAGCAAGUUCAUGCAGUGUCUAGCAGAGCUUAAAGAGCUCUUACAACAGGAGAUCCAUAAGAAAUUCAAAGAACUUGGACAAGAUAUGGAUUUAGAAGGAAGCUGGAGUGACAUCUCUUUGUCUGACAUUGAAUCCAGCACCAGUGGUUCUGACAGCUCCCUCUCAGAUGGUCUCCCUCGUCACCUACUGAACACAGCACAUGAGUUGAAUCAGAAGAAGAAGAUGUAUAAGAAGAAAAAAAGGAAGCCACUUCAGUCUAGGAAACAGCGAAAUAAACAGUAUCAAAAAAGUAAUUUGAUGCAGGAGUCAAAGUUAACAGAAGAUGCCCCAGAAGGGGCAGGGUUUGCUUCUACUCUGCAAAAGCAGCCUGCUUUUUUCAAAAAUUCAGAGAAUACCAGUUCUUCAAUGAUGAAAAAUGAAAAACCAAGGUUGAAUGAGUUAAAUGGAAGAGACAACGGCACCUCCCUGGGCCCAUCAAAAAUGACCACCUUGAUUUUGACUAAGAAUAAAGAGAGAAUGCAGAGAGAGAAGCCAGGAUUUACAGUAUCAUGCUCUCCAAAGAGAAACACAAACCCCAGCCAAGAGCCAGCUCCAGAUACGAAGCCAAACUGGCCCAGGAACAGAUAUCCUGCCACAAAGGGAGGCCGUACGACUGCGGUGGCUGCCAAGAUGGCUGCAGGAAAACCUGUCCUUGAGCAAACCGGGGCCACCGCUCAUGCGUCUCCUCCAGCCUCAGAAAUGUAUCCUCUGCUCCUGAAAGGGAAGUUCUCUCACCCUUCCUUCUCCCUGGCUAUUUUACACCUCCUCCCUUUCCUCAAGUCCCCUGCUCCCUCGCAGCAAACAACCUUGUUAGGACGAAGUGGUUAAGAAGCUAGGCUCUGGUGGGGUGGGGUAGGGAGAAAACUACAAACAAAUUCUGAACUCUUUUUAGUAGGUUUGUUUAUGUACUUGUGUUGGCAAAAUGUUUCUGAAACUAUUUUAGGUGUAUUACAUGAUCGGGCAAAUGAAUAAAUGUGUUGAUCUUGUUAAGAGCCAGGGCUCUCACUCUGGAAAAAGAAACAUACAAAUAUUUAAUGGAGGGAAACAAGAAAAAACCCUGUGGAAGUGGAUCGGAACUGGAGAUAUCAGUGUGCACUCACGAUUCCUAAAAUAUGUAUAGGAGCCUCCCUCGUCUUCUCUCUCUCGAUAGAAGUGCCACUGUCGUUACCAGGUAAUUCUGUACCUCCACACUCAUCGGGUACCAGUGACUCUACCUCCUAAGUAAAUCCAUAGACUUCUCUCUACCCACUUAGUUCAAGUAGUCAUCGUCCUCCUAAACUGUUAGAUCUGGUCUCCCAGCUGACCUUUCUUUGGCAGAGCGGCCAAGAUGAGCCCAUUACAAGGCCAGUCUGAUCACAUUGGUCACCUUGCAGGGGCCCAUCUCUGAUAGGGCCCUGUUGCUGCCUCAGCCUCCAGCUCUGACUCCCUGUGAAUCUGGAAGAUUAACUGCCCCUCCCAGCUCCCUCCCACACCCCCCACCUCAUUACUUAGCAAACACCUGUCACCUUUCAAGACUCAGCCCAAAUAGUAGCCCACUGUGCAAAACUGUUCUUGGUGCCAUUUCCCGGACAGGGCUCACCAGUCCUUCCUUUGCCUCCUGGAGACUUUGACCUCAGCACCUGAAACACUUCAGUGCACCAAUUUGUUUACUCAGCUGCCUGUGGUCUCUUAGUCGUGGCCUGCGAAAACUCUUAGUUGCAGCAUGCAUGUGGGAUCUAGUUCCCCGACCAGGGAUCGAACCCAGGCCCCCUGCAUUGGGAGCUCGGAGUCUUACCCGCUGGACCACCAGGGACGUCCCUCAGCUGCCUUUCCUAACUAGAAUGGUUUCAACCACAGUCCACAGGAGGAAGAACAAAAUUCAAACAAAACACAGUUACUGCUUCAUACAAAAAAGAAGUCCAGAUGUAGGGCAGCUCCAAGACUGCUUAAUUUAUUUAGCAGCCCACUGGCAUCAUCAAAGAUUCAGGCCUUAUCAUCUUCCGUCUCUGUCACCUUCGGUGCCAACUUUGUCCUCAAAGUGAACUCUGCUCUGUUAGUUGUACGGCUGUAGCAGACCCAGGCAACCACCAGAUCCAACAACACCCGGUGAAAGAACACCUGUUCCUGUGUGUCUUUUCUUCUUCUUCUUUUUAAAAAUAACCUUUUUAUUUUGGAAUAAUUUUUCACUUACAGAAAAGUUAAUACGACAGAGUUCCCAUAGACGCCUCGCUCAGUUUCAGUUUCCCCGAAUGCUAUCACACAUCACAACCAACAAAACAUUGGUACAUUGCUAUGAACUGAACUCCAGACUUCAUUGGAAUUUCACCAGUUUUCCCUUCAAUGUCCUUUUUCUAUUCCAGGAUCCAAUCCAGACAUCACACUGCUUUUCGCUGUCAUGGCUCUUCGGUCGCCUCUGGUCUGUGACAAUUUCCCAGUCUUUCCUUAUUUUUCAUCAUUCUGACAGUUUUGAAGAGCACCGGUUAGGUAUUUUGUAGAAUAGUCCUCAAAUUGGGCUUAUGUUGGCGUUAUGGGUGUUUGGAAAGAAUGUCACAGAGGCCAAAUGCCCUUCUCAUCGCAUUAUAUCAGGAGCACUUGUUGUCUGCAUGACAUCACCGGUGAUGGCUAGGAAAGCCUUUCCAAAAGCCCUGGAAAGGAUUUCCCCUCAUGCCUUUUACUAUUGUAAAACAGUACAGAUUUAUUAUAGAAAAUUAGAGAAUCAGUUAAGCAAAAAUAAGGAAAUAAAAACACAAUAUUGCUAUCACCAGAGAUGAUCACAGUUAACAAAUUACUUUUAAUCUUUUCAGAUCUUUUUCUUUUUUAAAAAAUGAAUUUUCGUUAAAUGAGGUCAUAUUGUAUACAUUGCUUUACAACCUACUUUAAUUAACAGUCCUCACCUUUCAUAUAAGUUUUUAUUUUUGAAUUAUAUAAAUAGAAUAUUCAAAACAUAGUAUUAAAUUGUAAAAAAAAGACAUAAUCCAAUCUACCAGCAUUAAAAAAUCUGCAUAUUAAAAGAUCACACCUUCUCUCAGAAAAAUUAACAAUAACGACAAAAGUAAACUGCACUAAGACAUGCCUUCAUAAAGGUAUUGAAAUUCAAGGUGAAAUUAAGGCAUCCAGGCAAAAUGAUUAAAAUCUUUAACAUACAUAUAGUGAAGGAAUGUAUUUUCCAUGAUCCUUUUUUUUAAAAAAAAUUAUUUAUUUAUUUAUUUAUUUAUUUUUGGCUGUGUUGGGUCUUCGUUGCUGUUCGCGGGCUUUCUCUAGUUGCGGUGAGCAGAGGCUACUCUUUGUUGUGGUGCGCGGGCUUCUCAUUGCGGUGGCUUCUCUUGUUGCGGGGCACGGGCUCUAGGCGCGUGGGCUUCAGUAGUUGUGGCUCGCGGGCUUAGUUGCUCCGCGGCAUGUGGGAUCUUCCCGGACCAGGAACCCGUGUCCCCUGCGUUGGCAGGCGGAUUCUUAACCACUGCGCCACCAAGGAAGUACCCCAUGAUCCUUUCUUAAAAAAUCUGCUAGAAAAUGAACUUUAGUCAACCGAGAGAUGAAUGGAGACAACUUCACCAGAAGGACUCAUAGAGAAUAUGAAAGCCAUUUUAUUUUAUUCUAGUCUUAGGACUUUUAAAAAUGUGAAUGUCUUUUAUUAUAAAAUGGAAUGAAAAUAUUAACCUAGCAAUAUGUUUUUUGGCCAGGUGGCUUGUGGGAUCUUAGUUCCCCAGCCAGGGAUUGAACCCACACCCUCCGCAGUGAAAGUGCAGAGUCCUAACCACUGGACCGCCAAGGAAUUCCCCAACCUGCAAUAUGUUAAUUACACUUAUAAUAAUAAUUGAGAGAGAAAGAGGAGUAAAGGUGAAAAGUAGUGUGAUGAUGCUGAUUUCAUAAAAAGAUAUGUAGAGUUGCUAAAUCAAGUAAUAAGUAUAUUUAAAGUUAUAAAUAUGAACACUUAGACAUACCAUGUGUGAACACUGUGAAAUACAAGAAUACGGUUAACUGGAACCUGGAAGGCAGGAAGACGAUGGAGAUGGGGAAGGGAAAGAAGUGAAUAAAAAUUUAUUUGAACAGUGCUCAGAGUACGGACUGAAUAGAUACUGCCUAAUAAAGAGAGAACAAGGUAUAGUAUAUAAAGUUGUGGUCACCAAAAUAGCCACUAUAUAUACAACAGAAACCUUUCAAAUAUACCUGCACACACUCAAAAAGAAAUAG